AUGUCUUCGCUCGGAUUAUUUCCUUUGCUCGUAGCAUUCUCAGCCUUAUUGUGCAUGGUUGCGGCCGAGUGUAACGAGGAGGAGGCCCAGGAUUUUUUGUACGAAUACAACCCACUCGCUGAGGUUGCAACAUCCGGAUAUUUGCUUGCAGGCUGGGACUAUUCAACUAACAUAACUCAGCACAAUCUGGAUAUACUGGAAGACGAAGCUGUAAAUCUAGCUUAUUUUUCGAAGAAUGCAGCAAAAGGAGCAAAUAACUUCACAACGUGUCUUGAUGAAUAUUCAGAGAUGGUUGCUAGGGAACUAGAAUUUAUCACCGAUAUCGGAGAUGCUAUACUAGACGCCGAGGAUUUUGCUCACUUACAAGGUGUUCUUACUAAUAUGAGUUUAUUGUAUUCUACGGGAGAAGUAUGCAAACCGGACGACAGCACCGAUUGUUACGCAAAAGACCCAUAUUUGGAUGAUAUCAUGGCAAACUCACGUAAUUACAACGAACUUCUUUGGGUGUGGACAAAAUGGAGGGAUGAUGUUGGUCGACCAAUGCGCCCCCUUUACGUUGACUAUGUUUAUUUGAAAAAUAAAGCUUCAAUGUUGAACGGUCAUGGUGACCUUGGUUCAUCUAACACUGAUAUUUCUUCUUCUGAAAAGACAAGAUUCAAAAUGUAG